AUGGAAUUACGACUGGGAUUUAGGAUCACCCUGAUCUUGGUCAUCCUGGCCUUGUCUCUUUCCGGCGAGACAGUGGAAGCACAGAGGGCAGGAUGUAAGAAUGUCCACUAUGACUUGGCGUUUAUUCUGGAUACCUCAUCCAGUGUUGGAAAAGAGAAUUUUGAGAAGAUCAGGCAAUGGGUGGCAAACAUUGUCGAGUCUUUCGAUGUGUCACCAGAAAAGACAAGAGUAGCCGUGGUUCGCUACAGUGACAGACCCACAACUGAGUUCACCCUGAGUAGACACAAGACCCUGGAAGAUGUGAAGCAGGCCGCCCGUAACAUACGCUACCUGGGGGGAAAUACAAUGACCGGGGAUGCGAUCAGCUACACCACCACCAACAUCUUCACAGAGCGGAACGGAGCCAGGCCCAUUGCCAGAGGCAUUCAGAGGGUGGCCAUCCUUCUCACAGAUGGCCGAAGCCAGGAUUAUGUUCUGGAGCCCUCUAAAACAGCUGCCAAAGCUGGCAUCAGGAUGUUUGCCGUAGGCAUCGGGGAGGCGCUGAAGGUGGAGCUGGAGGAGAUUGCGGCCGAGCCAAAGAAUGCCCACGUCUUCCAUGUGACGGACUUCAAUGCCAUCGACAAGAUCAGAGGCAGGCUGAGGAGGAGGCUGUGCGAGAAUGUCCUGUGUCCAAACAUGAAGGUUCAACCUGAUCGGUUCAAGCCCAACAGCACCAGUUAUGGUCUUGAAGAGGUUCCAGGGUUCGACCUGAUGCAGUUCUUCAACGUGAAAAAUAUUCUGGGAAUCACAAAUGAGGAAGGCCAAAGUUCUUACGUUCGUCUUGGCACCAUGCCCAUUGUGCAGCAAACAGAGGAUGUGUUUCCUCAAGGGUUGCCAGAUGAAUACGCCUUCGUGACGACAUUCAAAUUCAGAAAAAGCUCCAGACGUGAAGAUUGGUACCUCUGGCAGGUUUUUGACAAAUAUGGAAUCCCACAGGUGUCCAUCCGCCUGGACGGAGACAACAAGGGGGUGGAGUACAAUGCCGUCGGCCUGACAAAAGAUGCGGUCAGAGCUGUGUUCAAGAACCCUGAAGUUGACAACCUGUUUGACCGCAACUGGCACAAGAUCGCCCUCAGCGUGGAGGCCAAGUCUGUGUCUCUGUACCUGGAUUGCAAACACAUCCAGACUCUGCCCAUCGGGGACAGGGAGGACAUCGAUAUCCAAGGCAAGACAGUGAUCGGGAAGAGGCUGUAUGACAGUGUGCCAAUUGAUUUCGACCUCCAGAGGAUGAUGAUUUACUGUGAUUCCAAGCAUGCGGAGCUGGAAACCUGUUGUGAUAUACCCAACGGACCUUGCCCGAAGAAAGUUGCUACAGAAGCCCCCCCCGUGGAGAUCCCCACUCCAACCCCGACUGCUGUGGAGCAGCAGCGAGGCCCUGCAGUGAACUGCUCCUGCCCUGCAGGAGAUAAGGGAGAGAUCGGUGCAGCCGGUGUUGCAGGUCCUAGGGGUGGAAAGGGCGACUCUGGCCUUAAGGGCGCCACCGGAACGCCUGGAACCAGAGGAGAAAAAGGAGAAACUGGCAAAGUUAUAUCUGUCAGAGGUGACAGAGGUGAGAGGGGGGAUUCAGGCAGGAUAGGGUUGACAGGUGCUCCUGGACAAAAAGGAGAGAAGGGACUCGGUGGGGUGCCAGGUAUUGAUGGCUUAUCUGGAGACAAAGGAGACAAAGGUGCAGCAGGACGGGCCGGGGACUCAGGGCUGUCGGGUCCAGCUGGCCCAAAGGGAAUUCAAGGUGAUGAAGGAACUGCUGGCUCACCAGGACCAGAAGGUGUCAUUGGGGAAUCGGGUAUAAGAGGUGAAAAAGGAGCUCCGGGAGUCAGGGGCGAGGCAGGUUUGGAUGGAUUCCCUGGCAAAUCUGGUUUUCCUGGGAAAGACGGUGUGAGAGGACUGGCCGGUACCUCCGGGGCCAGUGGAAUUAAAGGCGUCAAGGGGGAGAGAGGGCUUCCCGGAUUACCUGGGGAUGUGUUUCAAAAAGAAGGAUUACGUGGUGAUAAGGGAGAUGCUGGACCUCCUGGGCCUCCAGGAGCCGAGGGCCCCCAGGGGUCUCAUGGUCCUCCGGGUCUGCAGGGUCUACCGGGGGAACCUGGAGAGUUCGGGCAGCGGGGAAAGAAAGGUGAAAGUGGUUUGCCUGGAGUGGACGGCCUUCCUGGACCCCCUGGUCCUCAGGGUCCAACUGCGCCACCAGGAAACCAAGGGCACACCGGACCUCCUGGUCUACCUGGUGAAAUUGGAUUUUCAGGCAAACCUGGAGAGUCUGGAAAGUCUGGUCUUCCUGGUAAAGACGGACUGGACGGUCUUCCUGGAAACGAUGGUGCCAUGGGGCCAAGGGGAGAGCGCGGAGCAGAUGGUUUUUCCGGCAAGGCUGGAUCUAAGGGAGACGAUGGACCUCCCGGACCAAGAGGACCUCAAGGGGAGAGAGGACAAUCUGGUUCCCCUGGUCCACUAGGUGAAGCUGGAACAAGAGGAGACAGAGGUGGUGCGGGAGAGAGAGGACAGGAUGGACCACUUGGGCCAAAAGGUGAUAAAGGCGACAAGGGGGAAGUGGGAGGUCGGGGACUACCUGGCAUUCCAGGAAAUGUGGCAAACGUCAUCCCUGAGCCUGGAGAACCUGGAGAGCCUGGAGACACGGGAGAGAAGGGGGAUCAAGGAAAACCCGGAGAGAUGGGCCAAAGAGGGCUCCCUGGUGAACAAGGCUUCAAGGGACCGGCUGGAUUAGCGGGUCCAAAAGGUGAAACAGGACUAACGGGAGAGACUGGACGUGUUGGAGACCCUGGUCCACCUGGUAUAGUUGGUCCUCAAGGUCCUCGUGGAUUACCAGGAAAUGUGGGCAUCCCGGGGAUCAUCGGGCCUCCCGGUCCCGCUGGACAAAGAGGAGACAAGGGUGAAUCAGGUAAAGCAGGACAAGCAGGUCCCACAGGCCCAGCCGGAGAUCCCGGUUUGUCUGGACCCCCAGGACCACCAGGGAAGGGGAAAGAGGGGCAAAAUGGGGAGCCUGGACCACAGGGAAUUCAAGGACCCCCAGGGCUAAAGGGCCAGUCCGGGUCACGAGGAGAAGCAGGGUCACCGGGGGACAGGGGUUCUGCAGGAGAAGGCAAAGUGGGACAAUCGGGGCCUCCAGGAAACAAUGGGGAAUCCGGACCUGUGGGCUUGAGGGGUUUACCAGGAGUCGCCGGUCCUCAGGGCCCAGCAGGACAUAAUGGUUUACCAGGAAGGCCGGGAGACAAGGGAUCACCAGGAGAGGCAGGAAAGGCAGCAGACAUCUCCGACCUGAAUCUGAAGGAUGUUUGCUCAGACUGCCCUGCAGGUCCAGCUGGACAACCCGGUCUCCCAGGAGUCCCAGGAGACAAAGGACACCAGGGACUUGUGGGGAAAAACGGUCAAGAUGGCUACCAAGGCCCGCCGGGAACAGUUGGACCUCAAGGGCCCCCUGGAGCUGACGGAGGAAAGGGUAUAAAAGGGGAUCGAGGACCCCCUGGAGGCCCUGGAGACAAAGGAGACAAGGGUCACCCAGGACCACCUGGCCAUCCAGGUACUGCUGGCCUAAUGGGAACACCUGGUAACGAUGGACAGCCAGGCCCCGUCGGCCCCCCGGGGCCCCCUGGAGAAAAGGGCAAAGAGGGUCUCAAAGGAAUCCAGGGACCGUCGGGUCUUCCCGGCUUAAUCGGUCCGUCUGGAAACAUGGGAAAAGAUGGCAGAGCAGGUGAAACAGGAGAACCUGGCAAGCAAGGUGAACCUGGACCAACAGGAAACCAGGGGCUCAGGGGACUCCCGGGCUUCAAGGGCCACAGAGGAGAAUCUGGAGCUCCAGGACCAAAGGGAGAAGAUGGAAAGUCUGGAUCUGCUGGACGUGAUGGUAAACCUGGGAAGGAAGGCUCUAUGGGACCUCCAGGCCGAGAAGGACUUAGCGGACCAAGAGGGGAGUCGGGCAAGCCAGGUGAACCGGGUCCAUCUGGAAAAUCAGGUCUUCCUGGAACUCCAGGUGUGAGGGGAGACAAGGGGGAGCCCGGCAACCCAGGAUUACCAGGCUUCAGCGGGCCGAAAGGCCCAACGGGUCCAAAUGGUCCAAUUGGUCCAGAGGGAAAACAGGGGAUGCCUGGCAGAGUCGGUGAUCGAGGUCUUAAAGGAGAAAAGGGAGACUCAGGUACGAAGGGAGAUAAAGGACAAACAGGAGAUUCAGGUAUGCCCGGAAACCCUGGACCCUCCGGCAGAAAGGGCCACACAGGGAUGAUGGGCAUGUCAGGACCGCCUGGAGAAAUGGGAUCUACUGGGUCACAAGGACCUUCAGGAAACCCCGGUAUCCCAGGCCAAAGGGGAGAGUCGGUAUCACUGGAGCAGAUGAGACGGCUCAUCCAAGAGGAGCUGUCAAAACAACUAGACGCCAAAAUGGCUUACCUCAUGGCCCAGAUCCAGCCAGCACAUGUGAAGAGUACAGCGGGCCGCCCAGGACCUGCAGGCUCUCCGGGUAAAGAUGGAAGCUCUGGACGAUCGGGCCCCCCUGGAGAGCCCGGUAUGCCUGGACAGAAUGGAGGAGAAGGACCCAGGGGACCCAUGGGCCCUAAAGGCGAGAAAGGAGGAAGAGGAGAAAAGGGCGAGCAUGGUGUCGGUGAAAGAGGAGAACAAGGACCUUCUGGCGCAAUAGGUCCAGCUGGUCUGCCUGGUUAUGGUAAAGACGGAGGCCCGGGACAAGCCGGAGCCCAGGGAGAGGCAGGAAAUCCCGGCCCCCACGGUCAGGCUGGACCUCCCGGUCCCACUGGCCAAUGUGACCCCACCCAGUGUGCCUACUACGCCAGCCUGGCACACAGACCCCACACCAAAAAUGUCAAGGGGACCUAAGAACAGAAGAGACACAAAGAGCUAGAAGUCCGGCUGUAUUUAUGAACUUGGUCUGAAUCAAGAACCUUUUUCUUUUUCAGGAUAACCUCAGUAUGGAGGGCUGAAGCAAUAUGUGCUGCCGGUCAGAUUCUUUGUUUUGUUAGUUUUUUGGUAAGACGCUUGGGAUGGAUGGAGAUUCUUCAGAUUUAAUAUUGGGUAAAGAGGGCAGCUAAAGUGUUUUUUCCUCACUCAAAUGCUUCCUGUAAAAUAUAUAAGGAGAUAACAACAGAUGAUGCAACCCCCCCAUCCUGAAGAAAGGUUUGUCUGAUAUUGUAGCAUUUUAAAAGUAAUCAUCUCAAAAGUUCUGCAAGGCAUUUUCUUACAGGAACCUUUUUCCUGCAUCCCACCAUUUUGCAUCGAUUCCCAUUCACAGCCCACACUGUCCCACAUUAAGCAAUAGAUGUCAGUCACUGCUCACUACAUUGAUCUCUUGCAGGGGCUCCUCUGUGAGUCUAUUGGUAAUUACUCAGUCAGGGGAAUUAUCUGUUUUAUUGUCACUGAUGGCGAAGGCGGAGGACAGACAGUGUGAGGCACAAUCCCAAAUAAAAUAGUGAUUUUGUGCAGGAGGAGUGUUAAUGAGUUAGUGUGGAGAGUGAUGAAUUACCACUUUUGUGCACUUCCUGCCUCCAAGCAGCCGGCAGUUUUCUUCCUCGUUUUGCAUUGGUGUCCCAAAACAUUGCAGAAAAAUAAAAUUACUUUUAGAAAAGAAUCCCAAGAAUUGGAUUGAAAUUGGAAACAAAUUGAGAUUUUAUUCUGGGAAAAGAGAGGAGGCAGCAGAAAUGAACUCUAUCACAACUCAUAAAUUAGAGCCUUGGCAACGUCGUUUCAAGCUUUUGGAGAGAUUUGCAGUUUAUUUGCCUUAAGAAAAUGCAACACACAACCCACACUAUCAAUCGUUUAGUGUGACUAGGGAUCAUUUUAUAUGUGGAUAUUCUAAUUUUGAAAUGAAAGUAUUUUGAAUUGGCUUGUAAAUGUGUCCAAAAAUAGUAAUACGAUGACAUGUACGCAUCAUUCAGGUCACCUAUAGGAUGCUUAUUAAACCUGAGACAGUGGAGACAGGAAGAAAUGUUUGAUUUGUACUUUUAUGUUUAAUGAAGUGGCUCUGGUCUUUCUCUUUUCGGGGGUAUGCGUAGCUUCGAGCAGUAAACAGCUUUGAGGAGGUGGUAUAAUUGCAGCCUUUGUUCACCUUUCCUGAAAAGCUGCUUGUUUCGCAUCGCUUUCUCUAAAUGUGUCACUUCCUUUCGGUCCGCUGAGGCUUAUUAAGUGCCUGCACUGUGGUGGCGCCCGGGCAGCUCAGGCCGGCUCUGUAUAGACUUUGCUUUUUUCUUUUCUUUUUUUUUGUCCCCUGGAACCUAAAAUUGGAGAGUUGCUUUUCUGCAUCCUGAUGACCAGACCGUUGUGGUAACCACUUGAAAGAUAUUUGGACUUACGUCCCUCGAGGACCAAUUACACUUUUCCCCAACCUCAGAUGUUCUGGUCAUCUGGAACUUGUUAAAUAGCCUGGACAAAAAGGUUCCACAUUUACCUUCCUCUCUAAAACAUGAAGAAACAGAUCGAUAAGAGGUAAGACCUGCGGGUCAAAGUUCAUCUUUCAUCCUUAUUGUCUCCUGCUCGGGUUACCAAACGGAAGGUCAUUCAUAAAAGCUUUUAAAUGUCUCUGUCACAACUUAGUUUUGAAGAUGUCGGUAAAGCAGAAUGUAGUUUUGAGUUUGAUUCAUCGUCAUUUAAUUUGUCAAAUUAACGCGAGGCAAAGAAAAAAUAGCACAUUCUUCAUCUUACAAAUGAAAAGUUGCAAAAAGCAAUAAUUGCAAAAUUUUAAGGGCAAAUUUAACAUUUAUCAUUAAGACGUUUUGGACAUUUUAUUGCCUUCAGAGCAGCUUUGCCUCUGAGAAAUGUCCGCACAUUGGUAAAUGUUUGUAGCUACAGCUAAUUAUAUCUCCUUUCAGUCAAGUGGUAGAGAGCAGUUCAAAUUUAAAUCAACUUCAGAAUCAAAUUUGGUCCCACGUGUAUGAUCGGAGAGAUACCAUAAUAUCAAAUAAUCUAUUAGCUUCUUUGUCGAUGGUUUAUUAUCGAACAAUCAAACCGUAUCAGUAUUGCCCUUUCUUGGUUUUGUAAAUGCUUGUUACAGUGACUGCGUUAUAGGGUAGGAUGGUAGGUUGCUUAACAUUUUGUAAUGCAUAUAAACCAAACAUCUUUCAUUAUUCAAAUUAGCAUUUCUUUGCUAAUUAAACUUUUUUUUUUAAGUUAUACUGCUAAAUUAUUCAUGAUUUGAACCAAUACAAAAUUGUUUUAACACACUAGCUAAAAUGUAUUAACCCGUUUUCCAACAUUUGGUGCUAAGAUAUGUUAAAUGAGUGGCAUAUUGUAAGUAUGACACAUGUACUGUACUGUAUAAUAAAGACUGGAAAGGAUUCA